GAUUCCCCACCGCUCGAAAGUUGACUUCGCGAUCAGUUACCUGUGAAGAACAUCGCAGGUAGAACGAUCAGGGUUCGAAGGACCAUUUGAAAUGUAAAUAUUGGGCAGGUGGUUCUGGUGUUUGUGUGGAACCUGUGCGAGCAACAGGUUGGGGUUGGAAAGUGAAAAGGCGGCUAAAAAAUGAUCGGCAGCGAUUAUACGUUGGAUUUAGCCAACGUCUUCUACUCGGGACAGGUAAGUGUUCGGCUAAUCGUAGGUGUUCCCACAGGAAUAAUCCUCAAAGAUGUUUCAAUGACUGUCCAUUCUGGGGAGGUGCUGGCCGUGUUGGGGUCCAAAGGAAGCGGCAAAAAGGCGCUCUUGGACGUGAUUUCCAGACGAGUCCAAGGGCCAGUGAGGGGGCAGAUUUUGCUGAACAACCAGCCGAUGACUGUCUGCCUUUUCCAGCAAAGAUGUGGAUAUGUUACGCAUAAGUGCGACCUCAUUGAAGGGCUUACAGUUGAACAGACCCUGUACUACACCCCUACAAGGCUGACAGGAUACUUGAAGAAAUCCAAAGUGAAGCAAGUGAUGGCCGACUUGGCGCUUUCGCAGGUGUCCAAUCGGUGCAUCGAAAAUUUAACCAAAAGCGAAUAUCGACGUCUGAUGAUCGGCAUCCAGCUCAUCAAAGACCCUGUUGUCCUGCUGCUGGACGAACCAACGUGGGAUCUGAAUCCAUUGAACACUUACCUGGUGGUCUCAAUUCUGUCCAAUGCGGCCAAAAAAUAUGGAUCAGCAGUGAUACUUACAAUGGAAAAGCCCCGAUCCGAUGUCUUUCCUUUUUUGGAUCGGGUGCUGUAUUUGUGCUUAGGCGACACUGUAUAUGCAGGCGGAACUAGACAAAUGCUGGAGUAUUUUGACGCCAUCGAAUUCCCGUGCCCUCAACUGGAAAAUCCUCUAAUGUAUUAUCUGUGUCUUUCGACGGUGGAUCGCCGCUCCCGAGAGCGAUUCCUCGAAAGCAACCACCAAAUCGCCGAGUUGGUGGAAAAAUUCAAAAUCGAAGGGGGCGGGUACCGAAAGGGCACCACCAUCGGCCCCACGCCCCCCGAAUAUAAAAUUCCACUUCUUUUGGGGAAAAUCGGCUCUUGCGGCGUCGCCUGGACGGUUUACAUGCGACUGCUGGCAGCCACGUUGUCAUUCAAGAAAAGCGGAUUAAAACAGUUUGGCUUGCGCCUGUUUCUGGUGCCGCUUUACUUUGCCAUUUUAUGGCUUUUCUACAACCGGAUGGGGCUGUUUCAGCACACAUUUGCCUCCAGGAGCGGAUUGAUUCUCAACAGUCUGGCUGGGGUGUAUUUUUUGGGCGUCCUCAACACUGUAGUGCUCUAUCCCACAUAUCGAACGCGAUAUUUCCAGGAGUCGCAAGAAGGGCUUUAUGGAGGCACCAUAUUUCUAAUCACCUACAAUUUGCUGUCGAUUCCAUUCUCUUUUAUCUCCUGUCUGGGGGCAGGCGCCAUCGUAUAUCCCCUUGUAGGCUCCUUCGACAACCUCUUGGAGUACUUGUUCUUCUCGCUGAUCCUGUGGGCCUGCUACAUUUUUGCUGAGCAGCAGACGAUGGCCACCUUGAUGAUCGUCAAAGACCAUCUACUGGCUGCCAUCUUCAACAUCUACAUCAUUUGCGUUUGCCUAACUCUGAGCAGUGGGAUUCUUCGAUCCAUCAAGGGGCUGCAGGAUUGGCUGUUCUACUUGACGUACGCCACCCAGUCUAGAUAUGCGGCCGCUUUCCUAAACAGGCAGGUCUUCCUGGCUGGGGACUUGAGCAAGCCACUGCCUUUCGACCAGCAGCAUAAUUGUACCAACAUGAAUCUGAUAGAAUCGUCGCUUUUGAAUGGCAUCACCAACCCUUAUUGCAGAUACGCCAGUGGGCAGAGUUUCCUUUCGGAAAGGUAUGCCCGAGAUCCAGGCGAUAAUAUUUUCAAUGGGAUUCUGGAUUCUGACCUGAACAUUGGGAUUACGUUUGCCUUCACUUUGGGCAUGAUUGUUUUCAAUUUGUUUCUCUAUUUAGUCCCACUUCCCGCGUUUGUUAAAGCCAAGUUUCGAGAGUAACUUGGCGAAUUUAUCUUUAUAAACUAGGUUUAGGUAUUUUAUGCUAGACUAAGAGUAUUUUAAAAUGUGAUAUAUUUGAGCAACAAGCCUUAUCGUAGUCCGUCCAUUAACUGUAAGGUUUUGUGAGCAAUUUUAAUCUUAAGGCUAUUUUUAUGUUAAAAUACACUAACCGCUAAGGAUGUAAAGACGCAACUUGCAAAUAAAUGUAUGUUUAUUGGU